AUGGAAACGAUUGCAGCACAGAGGCAAAUCCUCGGCGAGCACCAGCUUCGAGAGCAGGUGAUAAACGAAGAGUUCAAAAUUUGGAAAAAAACUGUGCCCCUUCUCUACGACACUAUCCACACUCAGGCAUUAGAACACUCGCUGUUAUCAGUGGAUUUCCUUCCAAAUUACACGUAUAGCGACGACAAAAAUACCAUUUCCGUCCAGCUUGUAUUGGGCACCAACUCAUAUACAAAAGAGGCAGAUUUUGUGCGUUUAGCAUCGUUGGACUUGCCCGCUACAUUGGCGCCCGAUUUCUCCAAAGACGCUAUUCUGCUACCAGACAAUAACGUGAGUACAUUCAAAAUCACAAAGAGCUGGAACCACCCAGGCGAAGUGAACAAGGUGAAAGUGUCUCCUGAUGGCAGAAAAAUUGCAACUUUUGACAACACUGGUGUCAUUCACUUGUUCGAUAUUGAGGAAUCCAACCUGAUUGACUACAAAUUCCACUCCAGUGAGGGAUACUCUUUGGAAUGGGUUUCCCAAAAAGAGUUCUUAUCAGGCGCCAACGAUGCUAAAAUUGUCCUUUGGGACGUUUCCAACCCUGGUGAGCCCAUAAAACAGUUCAACUCUCACUCUGCUGUUAUCAACGAUAUUAGCUACAGCAAACCUUCUCAACAUUUGUUCGCUUCUGUGGCUGAUGAUUUCACCACACACGUUCAUGACAUUCGUUCUCCAUCAAACCUCCCGGCUAUUGCUAUUGAAAACAGCCACGCCCAGAAUGCUGUAGCAGCUCACCCUGAAAUAGCGCUGCUCAUAGCAACGGGCGGUAAAGACAAUGUGGUCAAUUUGUGGGACUUGAGAAACACAAAAGAACCAGUAAGAUUACUUUUUGGUCACAAUGAUUCCGUGGUGGGACUCAAAUGGGACCCUGGUUUCAGCCCUUCCCACUUGUACUCGUGGGCUCUUGACAAAAGAGUAUUGACUUGGGACUUGAACAAUUUGGGCACGGAAUACACAUAUCCCACGUCAGAGACCGAUUCAAGGCGCAAGACAAAAUUUACUGAGGAUCCAUGUCUCAAGUUUGUUCACGGUGGCCACACAAACAGGAUCAACGAGGUCGCUGUGCACCCAAAAAUCCCAGAUCUUUUCGCUUCUGUUGGCGACGACACCUUGCUCGAAGUGUUCAAGCCUAAGACGAUAGUGGAGGAAGAGGAAGCCGAGCUGGAAGCGGCAGAGGACGAGGAAGAGAAUGAGGGUGGAGAGAAACAGGAGGAGAAGGAGAACGCCUCGAAGGAAGAAGACAAGAUGGAUGUGGAUGAAAAAAAUGACGGGAACAAAGAAGGUGAGAAGGAAGAAGCAGAUGCAGAAAAAUCUUCGUAA